CAUAUUCACAGCGCAGGUGUGAUCCAUCUGGAUAUCAAACCAGAGAAUAUUUUAGUCGCAUCCCAUGAGCCACUUUAUUUUAAACUUUCUGACUUUGGACUUUCUGCUUACGUGGCAGAUAAACCGACAGAAUGUUAUGGAACCUUGAAUUACAGUAAGUAUUAUAUUCUCUUUUAUUUAAUUGAAAAUCAUGGCAAAAAAAUUAACAAGCAUGGCAUAGUGAGUCCAGAAGUCAUUGAGAAUGCUGUAGAAUAUGAUUUUAAGGCAGAUUGGUGGUCGUUAGGUGUAACGAUUACUGAGUGUAUGUUGGGUUUUAAUCCAUUUAAUGACAACCACAAAGCGAGACAUGAGGAUGACAUGAUGUGGCAGCAGCAAGUGAACAAAAGGGUUUGUGAGGAAAUCGAGGCUGAAAAAGCCGAAUGGUUAAAAGAACUUACUUUUGAAG